GCCCCAACAAAUCCGCCCCCCCCUAUUUGUAUACGUCGCGCAACAAUCAGCUUUUUCUUCCCGCUCGCCCCCCUCCCCUCCACCAACCACACAAAAAGCCGACUAGGCGGAUGUCGCCAGACAGGUCGACACCUUUUUUCUCUUUGCAAACUUGUCUAAUUUGUCGCCGGGCUCCCUUUCGCCAACCAUGAAUUUAUGAUACGCUGCCCUGCGCUCUUAUGGUUCCUGACUAUCCGGACAGCCCGUCUGCGCUAUGACGGACCCCUCUCUGUCGCUGUCCUGGACUCAGAUCCUCGUAGUCACCGCGCUCUGCCUCUCGGUGACCGUGAGCACCCAGGUGCUCACCAACUAUACCGCCUCCUACCUUACCGCGCCCCUCGAGAUCGCUGCCUUCCUCGAGAUCGUGAACUCCUCAGCCGAGGUAAACAAGGGAUUCGAUAUCGACGUCGAGAAGGUGCACAAGUUCAAGGAUAGGUGGCAACUCGACCAGCUGUUGCGCGACAUCCGGCGGAACAGCGAGGCUCUGCGCGAGGAUCUGAGCCGUAUCACCAUUUCCGAAGGCGGCACGACCUUGCGCACCAGCGCCCGCAUACUAUGGGCCAUCCACAAGCCGCGACUGGAAGGGCGGGUGCGGCGGCUCGACGUAUUGCGCGCCCACUUCCUGGUCGAAUACAUGAGCAUCGUCGCCACCACGACGAGCGACCGCGUCAUCCAAGCCGAGAAGUCGGCGCUGAAGGACCUCGAGAAGGCGCUCGCGCCUCACCCGCACACGCCCCGACCCGGCGGCAUCCCGUCGGGCCUCUCGAAGGCGCUGACCGAGGGCAUUAAGAACCGGGCGCCGCUGCGGAGCAUAUCGACGCCGCCGCCGACGGCCCACGGCCACACCGAGCAGCCGCACCGGAUGGGCUGGAUGGGCGUCGUGCAAGAGCUGCAGAGCUCGCCGCUGAUGCACAGGCGACACGCCUCCAUCGAGAUGGCGAUGCGAUCGCCCCCGCCCAUGUCGCCCCUGGGCAGUCCGCUCGGCGGCAGCCCGCCGCAGCUGACCCCGGAGACGGACAACGAGCGCUUCCGCGAAGCGAUGCGCGCAAUCCCCGAAGACGAGAUCUGACGCCGUCGGCAAUCUUGACGAUCUCAAGACGAGCUUCUCGUACACGACAUUUACGAUGCGCGGAUUCUAGCUUCACGAUUCAUGGUUACGAAAUUUCACGGCAUUUAAUUUGUUACCGGAGGAGUUCAAGGUCACUUCACUACAGAGAUACCCCUUUUCUUUCCUUUCCCUUCCCUCCCUUUCCUUUUCACCCCUGUCCCUUUUCCCGUCUUUCCUUUGCUUCACAGUUUUUUUUUUGUUUUCGUUUUUUCAGCAGUACGGGCGCCAAGCGACCGCGUCACGACAGACAUGCUCCGAAUUUGUAAUCGUUUAAUCUGCUUUCGACAGAAGACCUAUCACGUCCUACUUAGAUGAUCCGUUCGUCCCCUUUUUUGUCCCUCUCUUUUUAUCUCCGGGUUGCGCGAGCGUAUCAGUCGGAAUACGUGGACGGUGAUGGCUGGACGGGAAGACUAUGUAGAUUGGGAUCGGCUGGUGGGGGGGGGAUGGUCUAGGUGGCUGGCUACAGGGAGGAGUCGACCCAGAUAGCGUCGACGACCCCGUCGUCACCCUAGCUAUGUCAGCUAGUAUUGAUUUGUUUACAAACUUCAUGGUUUUAUGUGUCGAU